GUUUGACAGUAGUCGUUGCUGCAGUUGCUAAUGUUCUCUUAGCUGUGUUAAUGUGUGAGCAUAUAUAUAUAAACAUUUAUAUAUAUAUAUAUCUAAUGUGCGUGUUGAGUAGCUAGGCUAAGUUACCAGUGCGUAUGCUGCUUCAUUCAUAGUGAGGUCUCAGUAUGUGGAGGUACCCAGUGAGGUCGGUGUUAUGGAAAGCAAAGGUCUUCCGCGGUAUUUUCAAUACAACUCAUACGGUCAACACCAUGAAGUCCAGAUCAGCUGGAUCCUGUGGCAGUGUUUCAGGAAAAAAAUGGAUUAGACCCAGUGGUUUUGACUCGGGUUUGAAGACUUUCAACAGCCUGACCAAGCAGAAGGAGCCUCUCGUUCUGGCAAGAGAGGGAGUAGCUACCUGGUACAGCUGCGGGCCAACCGUGUACGACCAUGCUCACCUGGGUCACGCAUGCUCUUAUGUCAGGUUUGAUAUCAUUCAGAGGAUUUUGUCCAGGUUGUUUGGAAUCACUGUCAUCCACGCUAUGGUUAUCACUGACAUCGAUGACAAAAUCAUCAAAAGAAGUUGGGAGGAAAAUGUUUCCCCAACCAUCAUUGCCACAAUGUAUGAGGAUGAAUUCAAGAGGGAUAUGUUGUCAUUAAAGGUGAUUCCUCCUGCAGUGUAUUUAAGAGUCACUGAGAAUGUGCAUCAUAUUGUUGCAUUUAUUGAGAGGAUCAUUGAAAAUGGACACGCUUAUGCGACAAAAGAAGGUGAUGUAUAUUUUGACAUCCAGUCCAUUGGUGAUCGUUAUGGCAAGUUUGUGGGAGCUGUGGGUUCUCAAGGAGAACCUGGCAGUGCAAAUAAACGAGACUCAAGGGAUUUUGCUCUUUGGAAGCAGUCCAAACCUAAGGAACCAUACUGGGAAUCUCCAUGGGGCAGAGGAAGACCCGGCUGGCAUAUUGAAUGCUCUACCAUCGCUAGCUUAGUGUUUGGGAGUCAGCUGGAUAUCCACUCUGGAGGUAUUGACCUGGCCUUUCCUCACCAUGAGAAUGAGGUCGCUCAGAGUGAAGCCUAUCACCAGUGUGGACAGUGGGCAAACUACUUCCUCCACUCAGGGCAUUUACACCUAAAAGGCAGUGCAGAGAAAAUGUCUAAAUCUUUAAAGAACUAUGUCACAAUCAAGGACUUCCUGCAGUCUUACUCUGCCAAUGAAUUCCGGAUGUUUUGUCUUUGGAGCAAUUACAGAUCAGCCAUUAACUACAGCGAGAACAGCAUGUCAGAGGCUCGGAGCUCUCUGAGAACCAUCUCCAACUUCAUCUAUGAUGCUCAGGCCUACAUGAAGGGUCACCUGCAGUCCUCACCCAUACAGGAAGCUUUUCUCUGGGAGAGGUUGGCGGAGACUAAAUCCAGCGUGAUGAAAGCACUUGCAGAAGACUUUGAUACCCCACAAGCAAUCUUUGCUAUAAUGAAUCUGGUUUAUCAUGGAAAUUGCCAGCUUCAUCCUGUUUCUAAGUCUGACGGAGCGGCUCGGAGUCCCGCAGUGUUUGCAGCGAUGAUCAGCUACAUCAGAGACGUCUUGGAUGUGUUUGGGAUUGAUCUACUACACAGUAAGGAGGCCGAUGCGGCGAGUCACUGUGGACAUCUAGAGGGCAUUGUGGAGCAGCUGGCUCGGUUCAGAAGUGAAGUAAGAGCAUUUGCGCUUACCAGUCGCGAUGGCCCAACCACUGGAUCACCCAACAAACCUGGACUUCACCCAGACAGAAUCCCUCUCCUCAAAGCCUGUGACACCCUCAGAAAUGACCUGGCACCCUUGGGUGUGCUGAUAAAGGAUAGAGGAGCCACCUCAACAUGGGAGAUAACUCAGGGAAAACAGAGUCAGAAAGGACAGAGAGUCCAGGAUAAAGACCAGGAGACAUCCAGCUGAAAUCCACCUCAGCCUCUGAGACUGCCCUUUUCAGGCUUGUGGACUCUUUAUCAACUGAAAAACUUUAUGAAAACAAGAGACCAAACAUCCUGAUUUCAUAACAGAAACUGACUACAGGUUUGAUGUCUCAGUCAUCAGUACAUGGAUUCUUCUAUUCCUUGACACAAUCUGCCUGUGUAAGCAUUGUAAUAAAUUUUAUGUUGUUAGUUGUAAUUUUAUGGUGCAAUGUUUUCCUCCACCCAGUAUUAAUCCUAGGCCCUGUGCUGAUCCCACAGGAUUAAGAUUAGUGUCUAAUAGAAUAAAUAUUAACAGAACAUGACAUUUUGGGAACUAUCACCUAGAGUCAGAUUAGAAAACAAAGAUCAGAAGAAGGUAUUUUGCACACAGUACAGGAAUAAGUUGUGGUACACACAAAUUAGUUUACAUAUUUUUUACUUAAACUGUGCUAACACUUGGCUGUUCAUCAGGCUGGGCAGGCUACUCUGUUUAAAAACAGCAUCUUGUUAAAAGGAAAAUGUGAGAGGCAGCAUCUAGCUUACCCUGCCUGCACUGCAUCUUUUCUAACUUGUAUACAACUCAGAUGAAUUUAAGGGUCAAGAUGUACAGUGACAUGGCAUGUCAGGUGUU